GCUGCCUGUUUAUUGGUUCUUUCCCAAAAUCUGAAACACCCCAAGUUUUAGUUUUGUUCUUUUUGUUUAUUUCUACUUAAUUGUGUAAUUAGCAUAAUUUUCUUGUUGCUCUUGUAUCGAAAUUUGUUGUACUUGAGUCGAGGGUCUUUUGGAAAUAACCUCUUUACCUCCCCGAGGUAGUGGUAAGGUCUGUGUACACUCUACCCUCCCGAGACCUAGCUUGUGUGAUUUCAUAUGUUGUUGUUUUUUAGUUGUUCUUGUAAAGAUUGGUUCUUUAUCAGAAUCUGAAAUACCCAAGUUUUGUUUUCUUGAUUAUUUCUACUUCAUUGUGUAAUUAGUGUAGAUUUUCAAAUAUAUUGAAAUCAUAUAGGAAUCUUGAAUUAUUUCUACUUAAUUGUAUAGUUUACAUAAAAUUUUUGUUGUUUUUGUACCUGAAUUUGCUACACUUGAGUCGAGGGUCUUUCGGAAAUAACCUCUCUACCUCCCCGAUGUAGUGGUACCGUCUGCGUUCGCUCUACCCUCCCGAGACAUCGCUUGUGCGAUUUCAUUUGAUGUUGUUGUUUUUCUGUUGUUCUUGUAAAGAUUGGUACUUUAUCAGAAUCUGAAAGACUCCAAGUUUUGUUCUUUUGGUUUAUUUCUACUGAAUUGUGUAAUUAGCAUAAAUCUUUUGUUGUUCUUGUACCUGGAUUUGUUGCACUUGAGUCGAGGGUCUUUUGGAAACAACCUCUCUACCCCCGAGGCGAUGGUAAGGUCUGUGUACACGCUACCCUCCUUGGACCUCACUUGUGGGAUUUCAUAUGUUGUUGUUUUUUCUGCUGUUCUUGUAAAGAUUAGUUCCUUAUCACAAUCUGAAAGACCCCAAGUUUUGUUCUUUUGGAUUAUUUCUACUUAAUUGUGUAAUUAGCAUUAACUUUUUGUUGCUUUUGUGCCUGGAUUUGUUUCAGUUGAGUCUCGAGUCUUUUGGAAACAACCUCUCUACCUCCCCGAGGUAGUGGUAAGGUCUGCGUACACUCUACCCUCCCCUGACUUCACUUGUGGGAUUCCAUAUGUUGUCUCCACCAGGAUUUGAACCCUGGUCAAGGUUCACACUCACUUGAUUGGCCCCCAGGCUACACACUGGAUGCAGGCCUAUGACCAGUUUUGCUUUCUUUCUCCAUUUCUGCUGACUUUUUUUCCAAGUAAUUGCUACAGUUGGUCUUCACUUCUUCACCAGAAUUUAUAUAUCCAACCCCCAAGUACUUCCCUUGGACUUAUUUUGAGUCAAGUGAUGCUAGUUAGCAACUUAGCACAAUCUCCAAGUGCUGCAAAUGAUCUGUAAGCAAGCCGUAAACUAGAAAGUCCAAGAAAUAAGGAUGCUUUCCUUAGGUGUAUUCCAAAAGCCUCAUGUGUAAGGGACCGUAUUUGUGAAUCUAAGGGGCAUCACCUGAAUUACCACCUAGUAUGGUCCAAUAGGUAACUAUCAAACCAAUGGUCCAUCAUAUUCCAUCUGUCGUGGACACAUAACCCAUUUUCUGUUGUUAAAGGAUCUGUUACACUGUCAAGAAGCUUUUCAUACCUUCUCACCCAGCCCCUUGAGUUAUUUCCACCCAUUCCGGGACAAAGAGGAAAUUCUAAUACUUUGUAGAAAGAUUUUUGUGACUUUGUUAUGUAUUAGAACGUUUAAUAAGCUUUAAGUGCUUGAAUGAGAUCAGAGAAUCUGUCGUUAUGAGAUGAAGGGAUGUCUGUGUUAGAUAUUAAAUAAUCCAUUGCUGUCUUCCUCUGUACCCUCCGUUUGUUAUCAUUGAUGGAAAGAUGUCCCUUUUCCUUUUUAUUUUGGGCUCUUCUUUAUUUCUGUCCAGACAAGAGUGGCUUUUGUCUUAGUUUGUACAUGGAUGAAUGGGCAUAAGGAGGACAGAGGGAAGGGCAUUCAGAUGCAAUGUCAGCUAGUACGUGGAAUUGGUGAACUGAAAUAAUUGACAUUUUUAGGUUAACAUCAACCAAUAGUAGUGCACCGCCUUCAUUAUUUACUGAUAAAGAUAGUUGCAAGCUUGGUGGUUAUGAAUCCACUCAUCGAAGGUCUUCCCGACGCUGUUGCCAUUAGGUGCCUUGCACGGGUUCCAUUCUACCUUCAUCCGAAGUUAGAGCUUGUUUCCCUAUCCUGGAGAGCUGCUAUUCAAAGUGCUGAACUAUUUAAAGCUAGACAGGAGGUCAACUCAUCUGAAGAAUUUUUAUGCGUAUCUGCAUUUGAACCCGAAAACUUAUGGCAGCUCUAUGAUCCUACUCAUGACGUUUGGAUUACUCUCCCUAUUCUCCCCUCCAACAUCAGUCAUUUUGCUCGCUUCAGUGUUGUUUCUACUGCUGGGAAGCUGUUUGUUUUAGGUGGUGGCAGUGAUGCUGUGGAUCCAUUGACAGGUGACCAAGAUGGAAUUUUUGCAACUGAUGAGGUCUGGUCAUAUGAUCCUGCAACCCGAGCAUGGAGUCCACGUGCAUCUAUGCUAGUCCCUCGAGCCAUGUUUGCUUGUUGCGUGUUGGAUGGGAAGAUAGUCGUUGCUGGGGGUUUUACUAACUGCAGAAAAUCAAUAUACAGUGCGGAAAUCUAUGAUCCUGAGACGGACGUCUGGAUACAGUUACCCGAUCUCCAUCACGCUCACAAUUCUGCGUGUUCGGGAAUAGUUUUUGGUGGUAAAGUUCACGUCUUGCAUAAAGGCUUGUCGACUAUUCAGGUUUUGGAGAAUUUCAAGCAGGGUUGGAUAGCUCACGACUAUUCUUGGCUCCAGGGCCCGAUGACUGUCGUUAGGGAAAAGCUAUAUAUUAUGAGCAAUUGGUCUAUUUACAAGCAGGAAGGAGAAUCAAGAAGAGUGAUAGUUUCAGCAUCUGAGUUUCGUAGGAGAAUCGGCUAUGCUAUGAUAGGGUUGGGAGAUGAUAUUUAUAUAGUUGGAGGGGUUAACGGACCAGACUACUGGAACUGCGACGUCAAAUUGCUGUCUGAUGUUGAUGUCUUGACUCUUGGAAGCGAGAGGCCAGCGUGGCAUAAGGUUGCUCCAUUGACGAAGUGCCGAGGGACAAUCCUUGGCUGCACACAGCUGAGAAUUUAGGACACGCGGAUAAAUGCUACAAAGAACAUUUGGCACUAAAGGGGCUGCUUGUUGUAGCGCGAAGUAUACUAGUGAAUAGGAAUGGACAUGUUUUGUGCCUUGCCCUUGUCUCCUUCGCGUAAACUGCAAAUGAUGGGAAUCCUAUCUGACAUGACUACUUCUAUGAGUCAUCUUAGUAGUGACCGACUUUAUACCAUUAGCUGUUUAAAAGCUACGCGUAGAUAAAAUCCCGCGCCAGAAACGUUGAAGAAGCAAGAUGUUCUGUUGGAUUCUCAAUAGGAAUGGAGGUCACACUGACUUUGAGAACUGGGGAUUUUGACAUUCUGAACAUGUAUUUGCACUAAGGAGUACUACUAGUAUUUUUUUUCUGUGUGUUUGUAACUUGAUAUGAAAUUGAAUGGAGUAAUAUGGUUAGUGAGGAUUCUUAGCUGACCUCGACUUGUUUGAGAUUGAGGCGUAAUUAUUGUUGUUAUGGCCGUUUAAGUGUUUGUAACUUGAUAUGAAUUGGGAUGGAGUAAUAUGGUUAGUGAGGAUUCAUAGCUGA